AUGGCCUUCAGUAAAGGAUGUCCAGUGCUGGGACAUUCCCAUCCGCAGGGCAACAAUCUCUUCUAUUUCAAGAACUCCAAGGCGCUGUCGCCCUCGGCUGUCAUACCCCUCGAAUAUGCAGAAGUCGAAGCUAUGGACGAUUCCGACAACGAGGAAUCCCCACGCUUCGUCCUCGACAUUCGACUGCACACCGCAUACGGGCCCUACUGCAAGAAAACCACCUUCAAGCUGUCCACCUUCAAGUUGGAAGUUCAGAGCACCUGGCUGGCGGCCUUCAAGCAGGCGAUCGUCCCCAGGCACGAUCUUGUGACUGAGCUUCGCACUGCGGGAAGGUGA